AUGUCGGCCGUCCAGACCUUCGGCAAGAAGAAGACUGCCACCGCGGUGGCCCACGUCACCCCCGGCCGCGGCCUCGUUCGCCUUAACGGCUCCCCCAUCUCGCUCGUGCAGCCCGUCCUCCUUCGUUACAAGGUUUACGAGCCCAUCCUUGUUGUCGGUGCCGAGAAGCUCGCCAACAUCGACAUCCGCCUCCGCGUCAAGGGUGGUGGUCACGUCUCGCAGCUCUACGCCCUCCGUCAGGCUAUCGCCAAGGGUGUUGUUGCCUUCUACGCCAAGAACGAGGACGCCGCCUCGGCCCUUGAGCUCAAGAAGACCCUCAUCGCCUACGACCGUACUCUCCUCGUUGCCGACCCCCGCCGCGCCGAGCCCAAGAAGUUCGGUGGUCGUGGUGCCCGUGCGCGCCGCCAGAAGUCGUACCGUUAA